UUGGGGUUAUUUGUCUUAAAAACAAAUAAUUAUGUGUGAAAAUAUGGAUAUUCAAAGCUCCAUAGCAUCGAAUUCCGUGUCAUUUUUACAAAAUUUAUCGAAACAAUCAUCUCUACAAAUACCAGCCCUUAAAUCGUUUUAUUUGACGAAAUCUAGGUUGAUCGAGUUAAAUAAGACUAUUAAAUUACCCAAGCAAGUAAAUAGUGGCUCAGGGAAGUGUAAUAAAUGUCUAAUAAACUUUCAGAUUGACACCAUAACAUGUAAAGUGGCCAAAAGUAAGAAGACAAAAUUCGCUAGAAAAUUGCUAUUAAAACAGCGUAAACAUAAGGUUCUUACGGAUUUUCAACGAAAAUAUAGUAAAAGAUGUAUAACAAAUGACAACAACUUGAUAAUAACAUGUAAAUUUUGCAAAAAAGAAAAGUCAAUACCCAUGAAAAAACCUAUAAUUAAGCCAAUAGUAGUGGAUACUCCAGUUUCUAAGACAGCAACAAAAAAGAAGAAAAAGAAGAUAAGCCGUUUUAGUGGUUUGAAUGAACAACUGGUUUUGUCUGCAAAAAAGAAGCAAAAGGAUUUUGUAAAAUUGAUUCCGCUUAAGAUUCUUCAAGAAAAAACAGUAGAACAAAAAAAACCUUGUGUUAAUGGAUCAAAUUUGAUACCUGUUAAUUCAAAGAGUCCAAAAAAAUCAAGGGAUUCUAUUAAGUUUAAGAGUAUUAUAGUUAAGGAAAAACCUGAGCAAUUAAAUAAUAAUAAUGGUGGUAAAGUAACCAAAAAGAAAAAUCAAGCCUUGGAAAAAUCUUUAAAGAACUUAAAGCAGCUUAUGGCGAGCAGUACACCUUUAAGUAAGCCAAAGGAAAAACCAGCAAAUAAGCUGCAAGCUUUUUUGAAAGGUAUUGAAUUGUCUAAGGGUAAAUAAAACCAUGUUGAAAAGUAAUAAAUAUUUAUAAUUUU